AAUUAUUUUUCUGAUGAGCAAACAGCGCAAAUAUUUAGAGCUUUUGGAGCAAGACAAAUUAGCAAAAGAGGAAAUACGAAGAGGAAAAACUUUCGAAGAGUUUCGGCGCAUAACAGAAAACAAGCACUUUUUGUACCAAGUCAAGCAGUCAGCAGAUCAAAAAAGUGCUCUGAUAAGAAGAAAACUUGAAAUUCGUCGAAACAAGUUGAGAAAACUGUUAACGGAGGAUGCGAGAAAUUUCUCAGAGGAGUAUCGACGAGUAUCCACCUAUGCCACAAAUAAAAAACUGGAGAUCAUGGAAAAGAAAGCAAGAGCGCUGAAAUUGAAUCGUUUAAGGGAGGAAGAAGCAUUUGCCAACGAAAAAAUUUUGCAGAAAAUAAAAGAUAAUAGUGAAGAGGUGCGCACAGUCAUGACUAAACAGACCUUACUCCACACAAAAGAGGCACAGUUAAAACAAAUUGAGGACAGGCAACGACGAAAAAAGGAGGAAGAACAGCUGGAGUCUAUGUGGAAUGAAUAUUCAAGAAAUAUUAAGACACUCGAGCAACAAUGUAUAGAAGGAAAAAGGUCCAACAAUAAACAAACGAAAGAAAUGAUCCGAAAACAACUACUGAGACAAAUAGAGAUGAAGAAACAAAUCUUAGAUCAAGAACAAUGGAUAAAGGAAUUGGAAAGAGAGGAGUGCAAGAAAGCAAGAGAGGAAGAAGAGAAUGAGCGGCAAAGAGCUCAUCAAGAAAAGCUUCGGAAGAUGUAUCAACUUAAGGAAACAUAUGAAGAGCUGUUGAAAAAGAAACAUGAAAUGGAAGAAAGUAGACAACGUGAAUUGCUGGAGCUCCAAAAGCGACAAAAUAAGGAAAUAGAGGAAGAGCUGAAGCGUGAGAUGGAGGAGAAAAUAAAACACAAGAUGCAAAUGAAAUUGGAGACUGAAUUAUUUUUGAAGUACUUGGAAAACGUGCGGAAAGAAAGACAAAAUUUGGACUACUUGUAUGAGCAAUCAAAGAGCAAAGAGGAACAGCAGCUGACAAAGAAGCAAGAGGAAGAGAAAAGACGGUUUGAGGAGGCUCGCAUAAAACUAAAUAAGAAGGUUUUGGAGGUGCGAGAAAAACAAAUUGAAGAUGUUAAGAGAAACAAAAUACAACAGCGAGAACUGCAGCUGAUGGAGAGGGACAUGCUGCAAGCCGAACAACAAAGGUUGAGACAACUUGAAGUAGAGGAAACAAGAAGACACAAAGAAAGAGCAGCUAGAUACUAUAUGGACAUUACACGUCAAGUUGAGGAGAAAAGAAGAUUAGAGGAGCAAGAAAAAUUAAUGAGCAUCGGGGCUUAUGAAAAGGAAAGAAAAGAGGAGGAAGCUCUGAGAAAAACAGUUCAAGAACUUUUAAACGAGCCCGGGAGGCUUAUCAGAGUGUAAAACAGGUCAGCGGCUGUCGACCAAAAAACUCAAACACUCGCCCAGAACUGUAAGCUUUGUUUAU